AUGACCCGCAACGAGAAGCCCGAGGACCAAUACACCAGCUUACGAGAGCCGGAUGUUGAAGCAGCGACAGAGGUUGCCAAGCCGUAUCAAGUCAAGUCCUCACUCCUGCGGGAGUGUCUGGCUGAAUUUAUCGGCACUAUGGUGCUCGUUAUGUUUGGAGACGGUGUCGUGGCGCAGGUUGAGCUUUCUGGGGGCAAACAGGGUGAAUAUCUCAGCAUCAACCUGUGUUGGGGCCUCGGUGUACUCUUUGGCAUCCACGCGUCAGGAGGAGUCUCGGGCGGUCAUCUGAAUCCGGCUGUGACCACGACCCUCGCCCUCUACGGACGCUUUGAGUGGCGCAAAGUGACCCCGUACAUCAUUGCCCAAGUGUUAGGCGCCUUCGUAGCCGCCUUCCUUGUCUGGGCCGUUUACUACCCGUUGCUCAGCGCUGCCGAGUCGAACAGGGAAUCGACGCGAAGCGUCUUUGCCACGUACCCGUACAGCGACGACGUACCAAUUGGCACCUGCUUCUUGACGGAGGUCGUUGGCACAGCACUCCUGUUGGGCGGUAUCUUUGCUCUUGGUGAUGAGUUGAACAAGCCUGCCAGUCCGUACACCAAGCCGAGCGCUGUGGCUCUACUGGUCAUAGGAAUCGGCAUGGCGUUUGGCCUCAACACGGGCUACGCCAUCAAUCCGGCCCGUGACUUUGGCCCGCGCCUCUUUUCGCUGUGCGCCGGCUGGGGCACGCACGUGUUCACCCUGCGCGGCUACUACUUUUGGGUGCCCAUAGUCGGCCCCAUACUUGGUGGUGCACUUGGUGGCGGCGUCUACAUCGGACUAGUCGAGUACCACCACCCACGUGGUUAUCACCAUCCGCGGGAUGAUCGAAGCUGUGUGUAG